CCUCCUGUGCUGGCCAUGCCUGUGCCUGCUGAGGGUACCCCACCACCUCUAAGUGGCACCCCUGUCCCAGUCCCAGCCUACUUCCGCCAUGCAGAGCCUGGCUUCUCCCUCAAGAGGCCUGGGGGGCUCAGUCGAAGCCUCCCACCCCGGCCCCCUGCCAAGGGUAGCAUCCCAAUUAGUCGUCUCUUUCCUCCUCGGACCCCGGGUUGGCAUCAGCCCCACCCCAGGAGGGUGUCAUUCCGGAAUGAGGCUUCAGAAACCCUGCAGAGCCCUGGGUAUGACCCGAGCAGGCCAGAAUCCUUUUUUCAGCAGAGCUUCCAGAGGCUCAGCCGCCUGGGCCAUGGAUCCUAUGGAGAAGUCUUCAAGGUGCGCUCCAAGGAAGAUGGCCGUCUCUAUGCGGUCAAACGUUCUAUGUCCCCAUUCCGGGGUCCCAAGGACCGGGCCCGCAAGCUGGCUGAGGUAGGCGGCCACGAGAAGGUGGGGCAGCAUCCGCGCUGCGUGCGGUUGGAGAGAGCCUGGGAGGAGGGCGGCAUCCUGUACCUGCAGACGGAGUUGUGCGGGCCCAGCCUUCAGCAACACUGUGAAACCUGGGGUGCCAGCCUGCCCGAGACCCAAGUCUGGGGCUACCUUCGAGACACUCUGCUUGCUCUGGCCCACCUGCAUGGCCAAGGCCUGGUUCACCUUGAUGUCAAGCCUGCCAACAUCUUCCUGGGGCCUCGGGGCCGCUGUAAGCUGGGUGACUUUGGCCUGCUGGUGGAGCUGGGUGCCACUGGAGCCAGUGAGGCCCAGGAGGGAGACCCCCGCUACAUGGCCCCUGAGCUGCUGCAGGGCUCCUACGGGACAGCGGCAGAUGUGUUCAGUCUGGGUCUCACCAUCCUGGAAGUAGCCUGCAACAUGGAACUGCCCCAUGGUGGAGAGGGCUGGCAGCAGCUGCGCCAGGGCUACCUGCCUCCUGAGUUUACUGCUGGUCUGUCUGCUGAGCUGCGUUCUGUCCUUGUCAUGAUGCUGGAGCCUGACCCCCAGCUGCGGGCCACGGCUGAGGCCCUGCUGGCCCUGCCCAUGCUGAGGCAGCCAAGGCCCUGGAACAUCCUGUGGUGCAUGGCUGCUGAAGCCCUAAGUCGAGGCUGGGCUCUAUGGCAGGCUCUGCUCACCCUGCUGUGCUGGCUUUGGCACAGCCUAGCUCACCCUGCCAGCUGGCUGCAGCCCCCAGGUCCACCAGCCACCCCACCUGGCUCGCCGCCCUGCAGCCUCCUGGAUAGCAGCCUCUCCAGCAGCUGGGAUGAUGACAGCAUAGGGCCUUCGCUCUCCCCAGAGGCCAUCCUGACUCGGGCUGCCAGGAGUACUUCCACCCCCCGGGGCAGGUACACACCAAGGGAUGCCCUGGACCUAAGUAACAUGGACUCAGAGCUUCCUCGGGGUUCCUGUCCCUCCUUUGAGCCUAGGAACCUCCUCAGCCUAUUUGAGGACUCACUGGACCCAGCCUGAGUUGUAGGUCCAG